AUGAGCAGGCUGGACGAUAAGGCCCACCAAGGUGGAAAGGACUGGCGGCUUGUGCAGGACGCGAAUGGGCCGUUGAGGCUGCUGAAUGCUGCUCUCGACAGCACGGUCUCUCAACAGCUCCAUCGUGUGGUAGAUAUGCCUCUGGGGGAGGCCAUCAGGCUUGAGUGCGGAGAAGAACAGUAUCGGGAUAUAUCGCUAAAGUGAGCGAGGUAAGACGAAUGAUAGAAGCACACUCGGUGAUCUGUGGUGAUCCGUCUGUAGCUCCCGUCGUCG